UGAGAACCAGCAUUCGGUUCACCUCCUACUUCAGUUGCUUUGUUGAGACGGUUCACCUCCUAUUUGCUUUGUUGAGACGUCUACGAAAAGCAGUAGACAAACUACUCUCGUCUUGAGAAAUGAUCCUUUUUUUAGUAAGUACGAGCACAUCUGCUCAAGAGUGAAAAAUACUGCCAAAAAAAGAUGAAAAUAACCAACAUGCGCAGCACGUUUUUCCCGUCCUCGUCUUCCUCUUGCUUUCGACUCUGUAGUAGUCUUGCGGCUGGCCGUGGCCAGGGAAAGCCAAACCAGCACUCAGGGAGGUUCGGCACGAAGAUUGGAUUUGGAGCUGCUGCUAGUACACCCGAGUCCUCGCACGCCGCGCGGACGCAGCAACAAGGUUUUCCUGCUUUUUUCUUCCACGCGAGUUCCAGUCGUGGUCCUCCGGAUCAACAUGAUGUUGGAACACAUUUUAAGGCACCACCGGUAGCACGUAGUUGGAUUCAAAAAAGGACUUCUUCUACUUGCGAUGAAUCUACUCGGUCUUCUGUGGGGUCGACACUGCGAAGAUGCGGUUUAACGUCCGCACACCUCAAUUGCCACAGCCAGGGAAUAAACUAUAGUAGCGGCGCAAGCAGCGGCGGCAUGUGCGAGAACGGCACGACCAGUUUGUUGAAAAUACCGGGACGAGUGCGCAGCUUGCGGCUGCUCCGCUCGGACGGCAGAGACGAAUCACUGCGCGGUGCGCAGUUCCCCUGGCAGGAGGACCCUGUUGGAGGUCCUUGCGCAGCACUAGCAAGAUCUCCGGGUCUACUGCCUUCUAUUACGUCGUCGGCUCGUCCUGGACCACGGCCACGGGGAAUGGUGUCAGAACAACUUCGGGACAACUCAUUUUCUUGUAGGAAUAAUAAAUCGUUGUCCGGGGUCUUGUUAGAACCUCCUUGCGGUCCGACACCAUCUGUGACCUCGACAACUCGUUUCUUCAGCACCCGUAUGCAUUGCAAAUAUAACCCCUGGAUGUCUGGAAGCAUGGAAGUUUGUCAUGCUUGUCUCUCAUGACUCCUAAGUCUGUGAUGCAUGAGCAGGAUCAUGAGAGUCUCUUGCCUGUCGUGCAAAAGCGCAGUUUGCCAUGCAGAGCUCGCAACACAUAGCAGCUGAAGAACUUGCCAUGCUUGACUGCGUAUUACAGUGUGUCCACCAUAAUUCCCAAGCCAGCAUCACAAGUUUCCAGACAUCCAGGGAUAUUUGCAUUUGAUAACCCGCAGUCUGCACGGACGGAUGUUCUGGCGGCGACGGCUAUCAAAAGGAAAAAUCACCCCUCCCCAUAUCAAAACGGAAAUCUGUGAUGCAGAUUUGUGGUCACAAAUCAGCUCUGUCAUGCUAGAAGGAAAGACAUGCGGAGCGUAGUAAUGCCUGGCGUCUGAGGGCCUUGCGCCUUCAGCAUGACAGGAAGCAAUUGGAAGCGGGAUGAAACAGCAUGACAGAUUACCGGCAAGCGAGUAGACUGCAACUGCGUCUCUUGGCCUUCUAGCAAUACAACUCGACUUGUGUUCGCAAACACAGCAUCGCAAGUCUUCUUUUCGAUAUGGGAAGGGGGGGAUUUUCCCUCACAAUAACGGCCCCGAGAGGUACCCAUGCGACGGUGGAACUGGCGCAGCAAGUGGCUGGAAGGCCGCCCCCGUAUCCGGGGUAUUUGCUAUCAAAUGUAAAAAUGUCUGGGUCUGGAAACUUGUGAUGCUAAAAUGUGCAUGACGAAAACACUUCCGAAUGCAGUCCGGCACGACAACUUCCCAAAACGCUUCCUCAUAGGCAAUCCGCAUGAGAGCCUGCGUUUUUGCAUGGCAAAAGAGGCUGCGACUUUUGUUCGUUAUGCAAUACAGAUUUUCUAGGUAUGGAAAGCUAGCAUUACAAGUCCCAACCUUCCAGACCCAGACAUUUUUACAUUUGAUAUUUGCACCAAAGUGACCAUCAAGUCACCCAAGAAACCGUAUUGAGAGGAAAAAUCCCCCCUCCCCAUAUCGAGACGCAGUUUCUGAUGCUGGAUUUCCGUUGUACACAAAUGCGCGCUGUCUUGCAGUAAGGCAUUGCAGCCAGAUCCUCAGCCUAGAUAGGGGCGGUUGGGUCUCCUAGUUGUUUAGCACUACAAACGGCUGUCCCCUAGGCCCAACAGCAUGCCAAAUCGCUUCCGUAGUGGCGCGGCAGCAUCUGCGCUUGUCUUCUUGCAAGACAGACGUGAUUUGCGGCCUCAAAUCACCUGUAAAGCAUGCCGCUUCGAUAUGGGGAGGGGGAUUGUUCCUCUCAGUAAACCGAAUUCCGGCAACCGGAAAGUCGCCCGCGUAUCAAAUGCAAAAGUGUCUGGGUCUGGAAGAUUGCAACUUGUCAUGUUGUCUUUGGAAGGUAAAAAAAAUCUCUAUUGCAUGGCCAGCAAGAGAAGCUCAGUUUGUGCUACGCGGAGUGGGCGUUUCUCAUGCGGAAUACGCAUCAGAAGGCCCUUGAAAAAUCUGUGAUGCUCGGUCAUGCAUUACUACAGGCGUCAUGGGGUAUGCAGAGUAUGCAUGACAAACCUGGCAAUCUUCCAGACCCAGACACUUUUACACUUGAUACCGCGUGAAGUUGAUCAAUGGCAGGACCGUCUUGUGCUACAUCCCCGGCAUCGGGCACAAUUUGCAGACCCAUUCUGUGUAUGAACUGCAAAUUUAAUAUGUCUGGGUCUGGAAGCAUCCAUGCAAGUUUGUCAUGCUCUUUAUCUGGCAUGACUCAUAAUUGAAUCUGUAAUGUCGAUGAGCAGGAAAAGCAAAAGGGCGUCUUGCCUGUCAUGCAAAAACGCAGUUUGCCAUGCGGGAAACAAAACACAGCAGCAGCGGAAAAAUUUGUCAUGCUUGGCUGCGUAAUAUUGCAGUCCGCCCACCAGCAGUCACAUUUUGGCAUCACAAGUUUCCAGACGUCUAAGGAUAUUUGCAUUUGAUACUGUGGUACUUGUACGCGGAAGGCGGACGCGGGAUCUGAUAUCCACGAAAAAAACUGAGUGUAACAUUAUAGGGUAAGCAGCAUCACAAAUUAUUCGUUUUGCAUUUUUUCAGACAAAAGAACCUGUCAUGCGCAGCUAGUAUUUGAAAACACGUACUAUGAAGCUAGUGCUAGCCUAUGUAUGAUGCACAUCUAGUAUGACCGCAGGUGGUACUAUGACCGUCAUUGUGUCGUCCGCAACACAAAAUUACAUUCACAUAGUUUUUUUCUUGCAUGUCUGAUCGGGUGUAACUACAAGCUCGUCCGAGGUGUGUUUGACUUGCUGCCAGUCAAGGACAAGAUGCGCAGACGCUCCAUCUACGGUGUAAAAAAGCCGCUGAAGCUAUCCGGGCUUGGAAGUAACCGUCCCCACGAUCAUCGUCCUCCCAGAGUUGUCAUGCCGGUCUUGCAUGUGCAACAGACAGAGCAGUUGUGCUGUCACACGGCUUGUCCCCAUGUUGAGAAGCAUUUUGUUCUUUGUGGUCAUCCUCAACAUCGCGUUUCAAGACUUGUCAUGCUGCAAUGCGGAUAGGAACAAUUGUCAUGCUGCAUGCCGCAACGGACUCUCUGACGAUGCGGCCAUGUUUUUAUAUCGCCAAGGACGACUUUGCUGGCUGCCGAAGUGAGGAAAAUGCACAAUGCACAAUGCAGAUAGCGGUGGCAUUGAAUGCAUCCGCUAUGCGCAUUGUGCAUGGCAGUAGCCCGUAGCGGGUUGUUGACUCCUGGGGGGUGAGGCGGGGCUGCAGAAUUUUAUCGCACGAAAAAAGUGUUUACAUUUUUUACACAGUUGUUGUCAACUCAGCAACACAAAUUUCUCUGCAUGAGAGAGAAAACUCUCAAUGCAGAAAUCCUACGGGUAAAUAAACACCUCCGAAAGGAGGCUCCUACGCAUAUCCGGCAUGACAGUGCUAGUCUGUCUUGCUUGGCCUGCAACACAAUGUGUAAGCGUAACACUUUUAUUUUCUCAGGAUAAAGUUUCCAACGGGGAUAAUAGCCGAACAAGUGGGCGAAUACGCCGGAGCGCCCCUGGAAGAGGGUUUACACGGACGAAAUGCGAUAUGGAUGUUUCAGGAUCGAAAUCGACAAAGUUGCAAUGAUUUGCCAUGCAUAAAAUGCAGCCCACAAAAUGCCUGUCUUGCAGAGUAGGCAACAAGUGAGGCAGAUCGUAAGCCUGUUGAAGGGUACUAGAAACUGAGCUGCUAAAAAAGUAGCAUCACAAAAGGCGUAUUCCUUACCCAAACAGCAUGACAAACUGGUUUUCGGUUCUACCCAAAUUUAUCACGCACCACUUGGAAACUGGGUUGCAGCUGGCAUCCAUUUUAUGCAUGACAACUUUGUCGAUUUCGGUCCUGGCAGUUCCAUAUGCGGCGGCGAUACUUUUUCCGUACCGGCGUCGACAUCCCAGCGGGCGAGCCGGUGCCGCACUAUGAGAGUGCACAACCCCCCUUCCCCUCAUUUGUAUCGCAUGAGCAGCAAUAGAAACACCACCACAUUAUGUGGAGCCUGUGCAUGAUCGAGUAGUACUGUUUGGGAUUGUUGUUCCGGAAUCUGUCAUGCAUAAUUCGUGAUACAAGGAAGCAAGAGCAACUGGAUUUGGGAUUUUGCAUGAGAAAUGAGAACGAGAGGGAGCAGUUGUGCACUCUCAUACGCACAUCCCCCUGAACCGAAAAUUUCCGCCCUUCCCGAUAAAGGGCUUUGGCAGGAGGGGCAAAGCGGCAUGAUUUUUACGAUGUUUGGCCAUUACUCAUAUGAAUAUCGUCUGCGCUUUGAUUCACUCUCAACAUGAGGCACCAACUACGUUGCUCAUCUUUAUUCAGGUUGUAAUUCUACCUUUGUUACCUCGUUGUGUGUGGACACAGCUUGUGGCAUCUUCGUUCUCCUUCGAAUAUAGAGACAAGCAGGACUGCGACCAAGCUCUACAACUGGAAAAGAAAACUACACUUUUGUCCUUCAGGUUCACAUGUUUCAGCCACGUGUUGAGGCAGAACGCAAGAACAUAGAACGCAAACAAUCU